AUAUUGGUUCAGGAAAAAAAAAAAAAAAAACGAAAAAUAGGCUCAAACGCCAUUAUCGUCCAAACCAAGCUACCUAGUUAAAAGGCGAUAGACCGCUAAACAGAGAGGAGAGAAAAAGUGCGUCUAUAAAUUCUUCUUUCCCGCUCAGUUUCCACAAAUUUCAGAGAGAAACCCAUCGCUUCUCUUCCAUUAACAUCAGGAUUCAGAGGCUGGAGCCGGAUAAGAAAAAGAUAGUUUAUGGAGGGCGGCGCAGGAAGAGAUUUGGAAUGCCAGAAGACUAUGGAUGGGAAGGCGAGUAGCGGGAAUGGUUCCAAGAAGGCCAUUCCUUCUUGUUGCUUGAAGGCUAGGGCUUCAGCCCCUGAACUUGAGGCUAAAUGCCAUUCCACCGUUGUUUCUGGGUGGUUCUCAGAGUCUAAGUCUCCCUCUGAUAAAGCUACAAAAAGUGUUUAUUUCAACAACCCAAUGUGGCCUGGAGAAGCCCAUUCCCUGAAAGUAGAAAAUAUUUUGUUCAAGGGAAAGUCGGAGUUCCAAGAGAUUCUGGUUUUUGAGUCUUCAGCAUAUGGAAAAGUGCUAGUUCUUGAUGGCAUCGUGCAGCUUACUGAGAAAGAUGAAUGCGCUUACCAGGAGAUGAUUGCCCAUCUUCCUCUUUGUUCGAUCCCCUCGCCAAAAUCUGUUCUUGUUGUUGGAGGUGGUGACGGUGGGGUUCUUAGGGAAAUUUCUCGCCAUAGCUCUAUUGAGCAUAUUGAUAUAUGUGAAAUAGAUAAGAUGGUUAUUGAUGUGUCUAAGAAGUUUUUUCCUCAGCUAGCUGUUGGAUUUGAGGAUCCACGAGUCCAUCUUCAUAUUGAUGACGCUAUUAAAUUUCUGCGCCAUGUACCUGAAGGGAAGUAUGAUGCUAUUAUAGUUGAUUCAUCAGAUCCCGUUGGUCCUGCUCAAGAGCUUGUCGAGAAGCCAUUUUUUGAGACAAUAGCCAGAGCAUUGAGGCCUGGUGGUGUUGUCUGUAACAUGGCAGAAAGUAUGUGGCUACAUACGCAUCUUAUUCAAGAUAUGAUGUCUAUUUGCCGUGAAACAUUCAAAGGCUCUGUUCAUUAUGCAUGGGCGAGUGUUCCGACAUAUCCAAGUGGUGUCAUAGGAUUUCUGAUAUGCUCAACAGAGGGGCCACCUGUCGAUUUUAAGAAUCCAGUCAACCCUAUUGAAAAGGUUGAAGGAGCUGUCAAGCAUAAGAGAGAACUUAAGUUCUAUAACUCAGAUGUGCAUUCAGCCGCGUUUGCCUUGCCAACCUUUCUGAAGAGGGAGGUGAGCUUACUACGUGAUUCUUCACCCCCGGCACGGGAAAUCCACGUUUCCUAGUUAUUUGAGCAGCAGCUUGUGCUCGGUUUCUCCAACUAUUGAAAUUAGUACUGUAUUGAGAAAUAGGUAUUUAUCAUAACUGACGGUAUAGAUGGUGUUAUUAGCUUUUUGCCAUAGAGGCAUUAGUGAUGGGGGUAUAAUUAUACAAUGUAAUACAUAUUAGUUUGUGACUCUGAUGUAUGAACGUGAAUGUUAUGAUUAAUCUGAUUAAAUGAUCCAGGCUUUUCGUGCUCGGACAAACAUAUUGGCA